CCCGCCCCUCCCCCCGCCCCGCCGCUCGGCCGGCCCGAGUCGCGCCCUCCCGCCUGCGCUGCCGAACUUGCUCUAACUUCCUCGGCCGAGCCGGGCCGCGCCGUGCAGCCGCCGCGCCGGAUCCUGCCUCUCGGAAGAUGCACUAUUAUCGAUACUCUAAUGCCGAGGUCAGCUGCUGGUACAAGUACCUCCUUUUCAGCUACAACAUCGUCUUCUGGUUGGCCGGAGUCGUCUUCCUUGGAGUCGGGCUGUGGGCAUGGAGCGAAAAGGGUGUGCUGUCCGACCUCACCAAGGUGACCCGGCUGCAUGGAAUCGACCCGGUGGUGCUGGUCCUGAUGGUGGGCGUGGUGAUGUUCACGCUGGGGUUCGCCGGCUGCGUGGGGGCCCUGCGGGAGAACAUCUGCCUGCUCAAGUUUUUCUGCGGUGCCAUCGUGCUCAUCUUCUUCCUGGAGCUGGCCGUGGCUGUGCUGGCCUUCCUGUUCCAGGACUGGGUGAGAGACCGCUUCCGGGAAUUCUUUGAGAGCAACAUCAGGUCCUACCGGGACGACAUAGACCUGCAGAACCUCAUCGACUCCCUCCAGAAAGCAAACCAGUGCUGCGGGGCAUACGGCCCUGAAGACUGGGACCUCAACGUCUACUUCAACUGCAGCGGCGCCAGCUAUAGCCGGGAGAAGUGCGGGGUGCCCUUCUCUUGCUGCGUGCCGGACCCAGCGCAAAAAGUUGUGAACACGCAGUGUGGAUAUGAUGUCAGGAUUCAGCUGAAGAGCAAGUGGGACGAGUCUAUCUUCACGAAAGGCUGCAUCCAGGCGCUGGAGGGCUGGCUCCCACGGAAUAUUUACAUCGUGGCCGGCGUAUUCAUCGCCAUCUCCCUGUUACAGAUAUUCGGCAUCUUCCUGGCAAGGACCCUGAUCUCAGACAUCGAGGCGGUGAAGGCGGGCCAUCACUUCUGAGGAGCGGAGGCGACGAGCAGAGCUGAGCCAUGUGAUGGAGGCCAGAGCCUGUCCCUGGCGGCCCCCUGUGGUCCGGGGGGAGAAGCCAACACCCAGCCCUGUCUUCUGCAUCAGUGCCACAUGACCUCCCCGUUUCUGCUCCCUGGUGCUGAAGACCAGUGACCCUUUUCACCUGCCGGGACCUGUGACUGCGUCCCCUCCUGGGUCUACCCAGGGACAGAGACUGUGUCUUUACGUGGGAGUGGUGACUCUGAGGGGCAGGCGGGACCCUCCUGGCUGUGAAGGAACCAAGCCCAUCUGCACUACCCCCUGCCACCUCACCACAGGCUUUGGGUCACUGGCACUGGCCAGGAGGGACGUGGGGUGGGCACCAGCAGGUUGAGGCCAAGGCUUCUCUCCCCAGCAGGUCGAGGAGCAUAGGGGCCUGCCCGUAACUGGGGAGGGGGAGAUCCGAGUGUGCACAUGUCGGGGGUUGUUUGCAGAAUUCUCAACCAUGUCCACGAGCAGUGAGCCUGAGCCCAUGCAGGCCCUGAGGCCCUGGGAGUGCCUCGUUGGCUGCCCCUCCAGGCCUUGCAGCUGCUCUCCCAGGGCCGGGACCUGCCUCUGGCCUCAACUGCAUUAAGCCCUAGUGGCGCUGGGUUCGGGGCAGCGGGCCUAGCCUCUGCAGAGAGCCGGCUCUCCUUUUCUUAAGAUGUGUAAAUAGGUUAUUUAUAGGGGUAAGGAUGUUUUCACACCGUUUCUUCAUUUCUUCUCCCUUUUCUCCGGUCUUCUCCUCUCAGCAGCCUUACACGGUGUCCCAGACAUAAGCUGUCCCUUUUGGUUCCCUUGAGUGUGUCAAGAGCUGAGGCAGCCUCCCCGCCCCCAUCCCUCGUGCCCACACACACGUCCCCAUCUUCUGUGCACCACAUAGUGCACUGCCACUCCCCGGCUGGGCCUCACUCUCUUCUGGUCUUGGUGCUACUGAAACUGUCACCCAGAACUUGAAACCUGACCCUCUCCCUGCCACUGACAGGCCAGGGAGCCCAGGCCCGAGAGGGAGCCAGCCUGAGACUUUUUGACCCGGGCUCCUAAAUGGCCACGCACCCGUCAAAGGCCAGCCGGCCGGCCUGCCGUUCCCCUUGUCCCGGAGGGAGAUGGGCUGUCCCAUGGCCGGUCCCAGGCUGAGCCCCGGCCCCCAGGCUGCGGCUGCUGGGGAGCUCUGGGCGUUUUGUUUCUCCUUUGGGUGGUGACUCUGCACGCUGGUGUAUUGGUGGUCACUGUGUCUGCCGCCCUGUCAGGGCUCUUCUGGGGCUUGCUCUUAGAAUGAAGUUUGUCUUACACAGCAAAUAACACCCCACCCCCCACCCCGGGGUGGGGUAGCCCGGGGCACGUGUGCACCUGUUGGCUACUUGCUGCCGCUUCUCUGUAGCUUGUGCCAGUUCUGUCCUCCUUGUUCAGGGAUCGUGUGCUACCUUCAGUCCUUGCCGAAGCGAAUGUUCUGUGCGGUGUACGCUGGGGUGUCUGCAGAGGAUGCUGGUGGUAUAAUUCUAUUUUUUUUUUUUUUUUUUUUUACAAUUCUCUGUAGACUAGGGGCAGAAGAAUGCUUGUGUUUUUAGGAAGCGUGAUGCUUCUCUUUGACUGCCAAACUCUUUUAUGGAAUAUAUCUUUGUAUUAAGGCU